AUGCAAGACUCAUUUUCUUCCUUGCUCAAGAAGUUGUUGCCUUCUUCUUCUCACGGAAGCACCACCACUCAACGUCCUUCUCUCACGACAGGACCUUUUACUAAACUUCAACUAUUGCGGACCGCGAAUAGAAUUAUUUGGUGGAGUGUCCCUCUUGCUUUCGCUUACUCACUGAUGUCAACGGCUCCAUCAUCACCUGAACAACAGCCAAUGCGUAUUCAAGAAAAAGCAGCUAGAGAGGAUAUUUCUAAAGCGCAAGAACAAUGGAAAAACGUUCGAGAGGCAUUGACUCCUUUCUGGCUUUCGGCAUCUCUCAGAAACAAGCUCGCUUUCGAUCAAGUGACUGAGGUUGAUUUCUUAAAGGAAUUGGAGUGGAAAAUUGUGGAUGGAAACGUGAUUUUCAAGGAAAAGUAA